AUGCGUCCGCAAAAGGAGGGUGCCAAACCGGUCGGGGUGCGCACAAAUUUCCACUUUCAAUUCAUUACAACCCCCACCUCUGAUACGCCUGGAACGGCGCUCGUAUUGCACUUCGACUCCAAGAGAUACAUAUUUGGGGAGAUCACUGAAGGAACUCAAAGAGCAACUGUACAACGUGGGAUUGGGCUCCGGAAAGUUCGCGGCCUCUUCCUCUCAGGAAAGACGCUCUGGAACAAUGGAGGCGUCAUAGGCCUCAUCCUGUCAAUGGCAGACGUGCAGCAGUCGGAGAUUGAUGAAGACACCAUGAAACGUCCUAGAUUGCACAUACAUGCAGGACCAAAGCAGCUACACUCGUUUGCAUGUGCGCGCCGAUUUGUUUUCCGUACGGGGAUGCCGUUGUCAGUUCACGAGGUCGACGUUUACAAGAACAGGACCAAUCCGAAGCCGAUACAUGUGGAUGAGAAUAUCCGGGUGUGGGCACUGCCUCUUGAGGACCGCUCUACCAUAACUACGCUGCCUAAGAGAACUGAAGGGUCUACCAUUGAUGAGUUUCAGUUGGAAAGGGAACAGACUUUGCGAAACGACGUCGUGAACAACAUGUUCGAUUCUGAUUGGAGGCGUGAUCAACUCUUGCAGGCAAAGCUCAAGGACAUCAAACUACCAGCAGUGGUGUGGGUGAGGGAUCCCGAGACGAAAGCGCUGAUCACUUAUCCUGUUUUUGACAUGGAUAAAACCACCCUUGCGCCCGACACGGAAGUCCUCGUUCGCAGUCCCUGGCCUGCUUCGACUGUACAGGAGCUGCCACCGGCAAGAGGCUUGCCAGAAACUGUGGCGAUGUCCUAUAUUGUAAAGGGCCAUCCUCAGCGUGGUGAAUUUGACGUCGCAAAGGCAAAGGCCUUGGGUCUGCGCCCAGGGCCAAAGUAUGCAAAACUAGUAGCCGGGGAGUCCGUCGAGAGUGACGACGGUACACAAGCCACAAUCACGCCGGAAAUGGUCCUGAAUCCCACUCGGCCGGGCAGAGGGUUUGCAUUAUUCGAUAUACCCUCAGCUGGCUAUCUUGAAGAGCUCGAGCGACAAUUGGAUUGCCAGGCCGACUGGAUUCUGGAGGGAGUCGAGACCGCAGUCUGGAUGACCAAAGGUAAAGUACUAGAGGCAGACAAAUUUCACCAACUGCUUCAUAAGCUCAAAGACCUGAAGCAUAUCAUUUCGGACCCUCACCUAUGCAAUGACUACAUUGCCUAUGACUCUUCCGCCAUAUCCUCUGCCAGAUUGUCUCAGAUCGCACCAAGCCUCUUCUCCAUCCCUAGGUUCGACAAUUCGAAUGCCUAUCGAAGUAUGAUCGAUACAUCGGUGGUUGAGCUAGACAAUCUCUUCGACAAAGUCCGAGUUAUACCAGCAAGAAGAGGUCUGAAAGUGCAUGUCGAGCCUCAUCCCGCCAUAGAUGAUGGUGAGGUCGUACCCGGCCUUGACUUGGAGGCAUUUACAACGCCUCUAGAGCCAGCAGUACAAGAAGUGUUGCCAGACGAUUUGUCAACGUACCGUGCUUCAGACUCUGAGUUCAGAACUGGCAUGGAUUUGGAUGAGCCGGAAAUCGUAACGCUAGGAACCGGCUCAGCAGCUCCCUCAAAAUAUCGCAACGUUUCAUCUCUGCUUCUUCGAAUGCCCAAUGGGAUGGGGAACUACCUGUUUGAUUGCGGUGAAGGUACUCUUGGUCAGUUGAAAAGGCUUUAUAACGCCGAUCAACUGGACGAAAUUCUGUUCAACCUCCGAGGAAUUUGGAUAUCACAUCUUCACGCAGACCAUCAUCUGGGCACAGUGUCCAUACUAAAGGCAGUAUUCCAGACUGCUCAACGACUGUCCGAUUCUGGGCAACGUGAUCGGCCCCCACCUCCGUAUAUGAUGUCUGAGAUCAACAUGAUAGACUAUUUGGAUGACUACGAAUCUGUUAUGGGCAUACCGACCGAUAUGCUCUGCACCCCGAUCGCCUGUGAUCCCCACAGAGGCCUUUUUCAUCGAGGCAGACACUUUGAGAUGCAGAAUGACCUUUACAUUAGUGAACUGCGCACUGUGAAAGUAAGUCACUGUCAUGGUGCACAGGCCGUCUCUGUCACUUUUAAAAAUGGGUUCAAAUUUUCCUACAGUGGCGAUUGUCGUCCCAACGAGGCAUUCUGCGAGAUUGGCGCCGACUCAGACGUCCUAGUACAUGAAGCCACUUUUGACGACGGCAUGGAAGGCGAUGCUAUGGCUAAAAAGCACAGCACAACCGGCGAGGCUGUAGGUGUUGCAUUGAGUAUGCGCGCCAAAAACCUCAUCCUCACACAUUUCAGUCAGCGAUACCAGAAAAUCCCCGUCUUCAGCAGUGUCAAAAUGCCAGAGCGUGUCUCCGAAGAGGACUUGCUUGAUGACGUUGAUGCUGAGGUGAUCAACACAAGUGCUCAUGCCAAUGAAGACAGCUUAGAAUCGGAGGAUCAUUCUGAACCAAAAUUGGAUCCUUCGUCGUGGGAACAACCUGACUCGGUCGUGCGUGACCUCAACAUCGCCGUGGCUUUUGACCUAAUGCACAUGCGUGUCUCACAAAUUCAACACAUGAAACGUCUCUUCCCUGCAAUUUCCAAGAUGUUUGAGAUGGAGGAGGAAAAGAGAGCCCAAGUACGGAUGGAAGCUGCCGCUCAACAGAAAGCAGACAUAGAAAGCAGGAGAUUAAAGAGGCUGCAAGCCAUGGAAACAAACAAGAACAAGAUGGACAAGAGCAAGGAAAAGCACAUGAAAAAAAGCAAGAAACAGGGUCUGGUAGAGGGAACUGCGGACGAAGCACAGAGUCAGCGAACACCUGGGAGAGCGCAGGCGAGGAACGGUGAUGGAACAGCAGCUCACCACCCUGCUCUUCCCGCCAUUCUCGAUGGGCCCAAGGCGGAGCACACAACGAGCAAUGGAGUUGACAUUGGUAAGACACGCCACACAAGGACCAGUGAGGGUGUGAAUGCUAAGCGUGCUCAGACCGGUGACGGCUGCGAGGUGCCAAUGCUGGACGUGGCGGCGCGAGGCAGCGUCUCAGCAGAUCUGACCUCUGCAGAACCGAGGCCUGGCAACGGUGAUGGAACCAGCACUGAAAGUCGAACAGCAAUGAAGAAGCGCAGGCUUGAAUAG